CAAAAAUUACCAAACUAACCUUCGAAAACCCUCGUGAAAAAACAAGCAAACGGACCAAAAAAACACACAAUUGAACCUGACCAUGACUAUAGCCCUAUUUGACCAAUUUAUAAGCCCAAAACUUCUUUUUAUCCCACUUCUAUUACCAGCUAUAGCACUUCCAGCACUUUUAAUCCCUAUACCUAAAAACCGCCUCUCCAAAAACCGUCUCAUAUCAAUUUACUUAUCCAUCACCAAGCCCUUUGUCAAACAACUGAUAUUACCUAUCAAUUUACCAGGACACAAAUGAACCUCUAUCCUACUUAUACUAAUAAUCUACCUUACAACACUUAACACACUAGGACUCCUCCCAUAUACAUUUACACCAACAACCCAAUUAUCAAUAAACAUAGGGCUCGCCAUUCCCCUAUGAUUAGCCACAGUACUACUAGGCAUACGAAAUCAACCAACAGCCUCAUUAGCCCAUUUAUUACCCGAAGGAACACCAACCCCACUAAUUCCAAUUCUUAUCAUAAUCGAAACAGUCAGUUUAUUUAUUCGCCCACUUGCCCUAGGAGUACGACUAACCGCUAACCUAACCGCAGGUCACCUUCUAAUUCAACUAAUCUCUAUAACUACCUUUACACUUGUUUCAUCAACAAGCAUUCUUAUAAUCCCAGCCCUGCUCCUACUACUAAUAUUAUCAAUCUUAGAAAUUGCCGUAGCCAUUAUUCAAGCCUACGUGUUUACCCUCCUUCUAAGCCUAUAUUUACAAGAAAACACAUAAUGACCCACCAAUCACACGCCUACCACAUAGUUGACCCAAGCCCGUGACCAUUAACAGGCGCUACAGCAGCCCUACUAAUAACAUCAGGUUUAGCCACUUGAUUUCACUUCAACAACAAGACCCUAAUAUAUCUCGGACUAAUUAUCCUACUCCUAACCAUACUCCAAUGAUGACGAGAUAUUAUUCGUGAAAGUACCUAUCAAGGUCACCACACAACAUUGGUCCAAAAAGGACUCCGCUACGGAAUAAUUUUGUUCAUUACAUCCGAAGUUUUCUUUUUCCUAGGCUUUUUUUGAGCCUUUUAUCACUCUAGUCUUGCCCCUACCCCAGAACUUGGAGGAUUUUGACCACCAAACGGUAUUAAUCCAUUAAACCCAUUUGAAGUGCCACUACUAAAUACAGCAGUCCUUCUAGCCUCUGGCGUAACAGUAACUUGAGCACAUCACUCUAUUAUAGAGGGCCACCGAAAAGAGGCAAUCCAAGCCCUAACAAUUACCCUAUUACUUGGACUGUACUUCACAGCCCUACAAGCAAUAGAAUAUUACGAAGCACCAUUCGCAAUCUCUGACUCAGUCUAUGGCUCAACCUUCUUUGUCGCAACCGGCUUUCAUGGACUUCAUGUUAUUAUUGGGUCAACAUUCCUUCUAGUUUGCCUAAUCCGUCAAAUCAUAUUUCAUUUUACAACCAGCCACCACUUUGGAUUUGAAGCUGCCGCUUGAUACUGGCACUUCGUAGAUGUUGUUUGACUGUUCCUAUAUGUAUCAAUUUACUGAUGAGGCUCUUGUUCUUCUAGUAUCAAUAGUACAAGUGAUUUCCACUCACUAGGGCCCAGACACCACUGAGGAAGAACAAUAAACAUCAACAUUAUACUUCUAAUCACCGCCAUCAUCUCAACAAUUCUCAUAUUAGUUAACUUCUGAAUCUCACAAAUAACCCCAGACCAUGAAAAACUAUCACCAUAUGAAUGCGGAUUUGACCCAAUAGGAACGGCACGCCUUCCAUUCUCUCUACGCUUUUUCCUUAUCGCAAUUCUUUUUCUACUAUUUGACUUAGAAAUCGCCCUUUUACUUCCUACCCCAUUAGCCAUCAACCUCUCAUCUCCGAUUACUACAAUAACCUGAAUCUCCACUAUCCUUAUACUUCUAACGCUAGGCCUAAUCUAUGAAUGACAAAAAGGCGGCCUUGAAUGAGCCGAAUGAGGGACUAGUCUAACUAAGAUUACUAAUUUCGACUUAGUCGAUUCCGCUUUAUACAGCGGGGACCCUAAAUGACAUCAACGGCCUUUUUACUUACCUCAGCCUUCCUACUAUGUACUAUUGGACUGUCUCUCAACCGAACACAUUUCAUUUCAGCCCUACUAUGCAUUGAAGGUAUAAUACUCACAAUAUUUAUAUUUCUAGCCCUACUAACAGUAACCCAUCAAACCACAACCAUAGCAUCAAGCCCAAUUAUAAUCCUAUCCUUCUCUGCCUGUGAAGCUGGCAUAGGAUUGGCUCUACUAGUUGCAACAUCACGUACACACGCAACAGAUCACCUAAAAAACUUUAAUCUCCUACAAUGUUAAAAAUCAUUAUCCCAACACUUCUAAUAAUCCCAAUAACCUCCAUCCUGAAACCAAAAUUACUUUUUAAUGCAACAGCUACAUACUCAAUCUUACUGGCCAUAGUCAGUUUAUCUUGACUAAACCACCCAACUACCUCAAACCUAACACUAUUAACCCCAUACACAGGACUUGACAUGAUCUCAGCCCCAUUAACCAUCUUAUCCUGCUGACUACUCCCACUUAUAAUUUUAGCAAGCCAACAUCACAUCAGCACAGAACCCAUCCAACGAAAACGGACCUUUUUAAUAACACUUAUCUUCCUCCAAGUUACCCUAAUACUAACAUUCUCCGCCACAGAACUAACCCUAUUUUAUAUCUUAUUUGAAACAACCCUCAUUCCAACCCUUAUCCUCAUCACCCGAUGAGGCGGACAAGCAGAACGCCUAACUGCCGGAAUUUAUUUUCUUUUCUACACAUUAUUAGGUUCAAUACCACUACUAAUCGCAAUCCUAUAUUUUUACACAACAAAAACAACCACUUCAAUAGACAUAAUAACCAUCUUUCAAUCAGAACCAAAUACACUCCUUUGAAUGUCAUGUAUAUUAGCCUUCCUAGUGAAAAUACCACUCUAUGGAUUUCACCUAUGACUUCCAAAAGCCCACGUAGAAGCUCCAAUUGCCGGCUCAAUAGUUCUUGCAGCAAUUUUACUAAAACUUGGAGGAUAUGGCAUCAUCCGAAUUAUCCCAAACUUCGCACACCCAACCCCUUCACUCUGUUACCCAUUCAUUACCCUUGCCUUAUGAGGCCUAAUCAUGACCAGUGCUACCUGCCUCCGCCAAACCGACCUAAAAUCACUCAUUGCUUAUUCAUCCGUAGGCCACAUAGGACUAGUCAUCAGUGCCUCCAUAAUCCAAACACCAUGAAGUAUUUCCGGCGCAAUUGCUCUAAUAAUUGCACAUGGCCUUACAUCAUCCGCACUCUUCUGUCUUGCCAACACCAACUAUGAACGAACACACAGUCGCACCCUGCUAUUUGCCCGAGGCCUACAACUUAUCCUCCCUAUUAUAGCAACCUGAUGACUACUCACCUGCCUUAUAAACCUUGCCCUUCCACCAACCAUCAACCUCAUUAGCGAACUAACAAUCAUUACAUCACUCUUCAACUGAUCUCCACUUACUAUUAUCCUAACUGGUCUUGGAACUCUUAUCACCGCCGCUUACUCCCUGUAUAUAUUCUUAUCCACACAACACGGAAAAACUACCCAAAGCGCCCUAUCAACACACCCAACACACACCCGCGAGCACCUCCUAUUAGCCAUACAUAUUCUCCCAAUACUAGCUCUUAUACUAAAACCAGAACUGAUCUUAGGCUAGUCAGUAUAGUUUAACCAAAACAUUAGGCUGUGGCUCUAAAAACAGAAGCUAAAACCUUCUUACGGACCAAGGCGUUAAACAGAGAACCGCUAACUCUCUAAACUGAGACUAAGCCCUCAGACCCCUUUCUUUUAAAGGACAGUAGACAUCCAUUGACCUUAGGAGUCAAAACCCUUGGUGCAACUCCAAGUAAAAGGACAUUACUAAUUUAUUUACUCACACCUCUAUUGUAACCACCAUACUCAUCCUGUUAUUCCCAAUUAUUACAACCAUGAAUCCAACACCCUUAAAUCCAAAUUGACAUGUUUCCAAGGCCAAAAUAGCAGUCAAAAUAGCAUGAAUUGUCAGCAUACUCCCACUACUUAUCUUCAACCUUCACGGUGUGGAAACCACUAUAACAAGCCUAAAAUGACUUACCAUCACAAACUUUAACAUCAACUUGAGCAUCAUACUAGACCAAUACUCCACCAUAUUUAUCCCAACCUCACUAUUUAUCACAUGAUCAAUUCUAGAAUUCUCUGCCUGGUACAUAAAAACAGACCCACAAAUUAACAAAUUCUUCAAGUACUUAAUCCUAUUCUUACUAGCCAUACUUACUUUAGUUAUUUCCAACAAUUUAAUAUUACUCUUUAUCGGCUGAGAAGGGGUUGGAAUUAUAUCCUUUCUACUAAUUGGAUGAUGAUUCUCACGAACAGACGCAAACUCAUCCGCCCUACAGGCAGUCAUUUAUAACCGUAUUGGAGACAUUGGGCUAAUCAUAACCCUUGCCUGACUAGCCAUAUUUACAUCAACCUGAGAACUCCAAGAGCUAAUAGCUGAACCAAACAAAUUACAAACACUCCCACUUUUAGGCCUUCUACUUGCAGCAAUAGGAAAAUCUGCCCAAUUCUUCUUUCACCCAUGACUUCCAGCAGCAAUAGAAGGCCCAACCCCAGUAUCUGCCCUACUUCACUCAAGCACUAUAGUCGUUGCCGGUGUUUUCCUAUUAAUUCGACUUCACCCACUAUUACAAACAAACACAAAAAUUCUAUCCAUUUGUCUCUGUAUUGGAGCAAUUACAACACUAUUUGCCGCCACCUGCGCUCUAACACAAAAUGAUAUCAAAAAAAUUAUCGCCUUCUCAACAUCCAGCCAGCUUGGCCUCAUAAUAGUAACAAUCGGACUUAAUCAACCACAACUAACCUUUUUCCACAUUUCAACACACGCCUUCUUUAAAGCUAUACUAUUUCUUUGCUCAGGCGCACUUAUCCACAGCCUAAAAGAAGAACAAGACAUUCGAAAAAUAGGCUCAACAAAAACCACCCUACCAAUCUCAACAACCUGCUUAACUAUCGGCAACCUUGCUAUCAUAGGAACACCAUUUUUAGCCGGAUUUUAUUCAAAAGACACAAUCAUCGAAACAAUAAACUCCUCCCAUUUAAACGCCUGAGCCCUCCUCCUAACCUUAGCAGCUACUAUCCUCACUGCCGCCUAUACCCUACGAAUCAUUUUUUUUGUACAAAUAGGCUACACACGCUCAGCACCAAUCACCCCAAUUAAUGAAAACAACCCUACUUUAACACAACCAAUUGUCCGUCUUGCAGUAGCAAGCAUUAUUGUCGGACUACUUAUUACCCUAACAAUAUUCCCAAUCAAAACCACAACAAUAACCAUACACACACUAACAAAACUCUCCGCACUAACCAUUACAAUCAUAGGCCUAAUCUUUGCUUUAGAACUAGCAAUUAAAACAACAACCCUCACAAAAAGCAACCCAAAUAAACUAUUUUAUUUAUCUAACCAACUCGGAUUUUUCAACACAAUUCUACACCGUACCCAACCAAAAACAACACUAUCUUUAGGACAAAACCUAUCCACUCACAUUAACGACUUACUAUGAUAUGAAAAAGCGGGUCCAAAACUCACUACAACACUAAACACAAUUAUAGCAACCCACACCUCAAAUGCCAACAAAGGAAUAAUAAAAGCCUACCUAACAGCCUUCAUCACCCUUUUAACUCUACUAUUAAUAUUAAUCAAACUCUAAAUCUCACGCAAGCUCCCUCGAUAACUACCACUAGCUACCUCCAAUACCACAAACAAUACUAACAACAAACUAUACCCACAAACUAACAAACACAAACCUCCACAAGAAUAUAACAAAACAGAACCCCCCAAAUCUAUACGAACCACAAAUGACCCUAAAACAUCAACUGUAGCUACACCAAACCCACUAAAAUUAGACCCAUCCAAAUAACAUAGGGCCAAAACAAAGACUAAUAUUACCCCUCCAAUAAAAUACACAAAGACACCCAAACUUCCUCACGCUUCCGGAUAUGGUUCAGAUGCAAGAGCUACAGAAUACGCAAAUACUACUAACAUUCCCCCCAAAUAAAUUAUAAACAACAUCAAAGAUAAAAAAGAAACUCCAGAAACUACUAAAACACAACAGCCUACCAAAGACGACAAAACCAACCCAACAACACCAAAAUAUGGUGACGGAUUAGAGGCCACAGAAACAACACCAAUAAUCAAACAAAACCCCAAAAAAAUAGUAAUAUACAUCAUAACUUUAACCUGGACCAAACCAAGACCAUGAUAUCAAAAUCACCGUUGUAUUCAACCUUUAAAGCAAAUGACAACAAACCUACGAAAAACCCACCAAAUUUUAAAAAUUAUUAACAACUCCUUUAUUGAUCUACCCUCCCCAUCCAACAUCUCUGCCUGAUGAAACUUUGGAUCUCUCCUAGGAAUAUGCCUCAUUAUCCAAAUCUCUACAGGGCUAUUCCUGGCAAUACACUACACAGCCGACACAGUUUCAGCUUUCUCAUCUAUCGCCCACAUCUGUCGUGAUGUUCAGCACGGCUGACUUAUCCGAAACAUCCACGCCAACGGAGCCUCAAUCUUCUUCAUCUGCAUUUACGCCCACAUCGCCCGAGGACUCUACUACAACUCCUUUACUUUUAAAGAAACAUGAAACACUGGUGUCCUACUAUUACUACUAGUUAUAGCCACAGCCUUCGUUGGAUACGUCCUACCCUGAGGCCAAAUAUCGUUCUGAGGUGCAACCGUUAUCACAAACCUACUCUCUGCUAUCCCAUACAUCGGAAUAACACUAGUAGAGUGGCUUUGAGGAGGAUUUUCAGUUGACAAAGCAACCCUAACACGAUUUUUCGCCUUCCACUUCAUUAUCCCAUUUAUCAUUGCCGCUAUAGCCAUACUACACCUACUCUUCCUACACGAAACAGGAUCAAAUAACCCAACAGGCCUAUCUUCCAACUCAGAUAAAGUCCCAUUCCAUCCGUACUUUUCAUUUAAGGACUUACUUGGAGCUGCUAUUACCCUACUAAUUCUAUUAGCACUGGCCUUAUUUACCCCAAAUCUACUAGGGGACCCAGAAAACUUUACUCCAGCAAACCCACUUGUUACACCACCACAUAUUAAGCCCGAGUGAUAUUUCCUAUUUGCCUAUGCCAUCCUCCGAUCCCUCCCAAAUAAACUUGGUGGGGUAUUGGCUCUCUUAUUUUCAAUCAUAAUCCUCAUUUUAGUUCCAAUCCUACACACAGCAAAACAACGAGGAAGCACCUUUCGUCCACUAUCACAACUCCUCUUCUGACUACUUAUUUCCGAUAUCCUAACACUAACAUGAAUUGGUGGUCAACCAGUAGAACCUCCAUUUAUUAUUAUUGGACAACUAGCCUCAGCCCUUUACUUUAUUAUUUUCCUAAUUCUUAUACCAACCUUUGCCACACUAGAAAACAGUCUCCUAAAACUCUAAGCCCCACAGCCUUUAUAGCUUACCUAAGAGCACCGGUCUUGUAAGCCGAAGGUGUAAUGAUCCAUUACUAAAGGCACCCAACCACCACAGAACUCUACCAAAAAAGCCCCUUAGGGGCUUUUUUUGCCGAGUCAAAAAGCCCAACUCCCCUACCAACAGUAAAAUAUUAACUGUUACCAAAUUUUCCUAUCAUACUGUAUACUAAUAUGAACUAAUACCAAAUCUUACUACAGUUCCCGCCUGGACUUUAACCAAGACUUGUGGUCUGAAAAACCACCGUUGUUUUCAACUACAAAAACACAAUAACCACUUCUACCAAUUCCACAUAAAAUCUUAGCCUUUAUUUUAACCAUGCCUGCAAUCUCAACAAAACCCAUCAACACUAAAACAUACUAACUUAUUUCCACUAUCAAAAGAAGGACACAAGCCCCAUCACUGAUCCCCAAAACCAGCAUUUUCAUUAAACUAUCUUUUGAUCAACCUACUUGUUUUUUUUCCAAAUCAAAAAGCCCAACUCCCCUACUUCACCGGUAUCUCCCCCCCCCUCCUCUCUUCCUCCCAUGUUCUCUAAACAUGUUCUACUCUAUGUAUAUCGUGCAUUCAUUCGUCGCAAAGGCACGCAUAUCAUGUAAUACAUUUAACCUAAGACUUACUAAGAACGUAUAUUGUGUAUCGUGCAUAACACCAUUACCAUUGGCGUAUCUUGUCCAGAUACGUCUCUUUAUCAGCUGCGACAUAUCAUGAAUGCUUGGCAGACAUGAGAUCAAUGCACUACCCAAUGGGUUAUUUAUUAAUCUGGCAACUCACGUGAAACCAUCAACCCGCCCACUAGUACACCUUUGCACUAGCGUCAAGAGCCCUCAAACCGUAUCGCGGCAUUUCGGCAAGCCUUAUCACUUUUUCCGAGGCCUCUGGCUUCUCUCUCAGGUACAAUCUUGGUGGACCCGCUUUUUCUCACUUUUUCCGAGACCUCUGAUUUAUGGGUUAAUUACCCUCAUGCUCAUACCGAUAACAUCAUUUGCUCUGUCUGGCGGGGUCACCUCUCUCUCUUGAGACGGUGACCUCAGAACCCCACCUGUCACUCGCGUGACUGGUACCUGCGGGUCAGUUCAGCGGGACUUACGGUGCCAUGGGAAUCUUGACCAAACUCGAUAUAGUUGUUAUUUAAUUAAUGCUCUACGGACAUAGCUAACGUUCGAUUUGUCAAAUUUUUGUCAAAUUUUGUCAAAUUUUGUUCAAACGUUUUGCACUUGUUAUUCUCCAAAACUUUUCUACGUACGAAUGCACAUACGAAUGCACAUACGAACGUAUAUGUACGAACGUACGUACGUGCGUACUCGAACGAUACGCGUGCGUACGUAUACGUAUAUACGAACGUAUAUGUACGAACGAACGUACGUGCGUACUCGAACGAUACGCGUGCGUACGUAUACGUAUAUACGAACGUAUAUGUACGAACGAACGUACGUGCGUACUCGAACGAUACGCGUGCGUACGUAUACGUACAUGUACAAACGUAUAUGUACGAACGAACGUACGUGCGUACUCGAACGAUACGCGUGCGUACGUAUACGUAUAUGUACAAACGUACUUGCGUAAACUGUACAGCACACGCAUACGCAUUAUUUACUUUUUAUUUAUGGCAAACCCCCCUACCCCCCACCAAUAAUUUUCCGCUUAAUCAAAUUUUUUUCUCGUCAAACCCCCAAAAGCGAGAUUUAACUAAACUGAUAAACUAAAGGCGAUUACGGCUUUUUUCUCAUCAUACAGAUUGUAGAUGAACCGCAAUUAAUUAUAACGUUAUUGUAGCUUAUUACUAAAGCACGGCACUGAAGAUGCCGAGACGGAUAAUAAAACUUGUCCCAAAAACAUUUUUUUUGGUCCUAAACUUACCGUUAUUUUUUUAAUGAUUUUUUUUGUUAUUUUUUUGUUAUUUUUUUGUUAUUUUUUUAACAUACAAAAAUUUUAACGUUUUUAAACUACCUAGUACGGCACUGAAGAUGCCGAGACGGAUAAUGACCACCCAAAGACACAAUGUUUUGGUCCUGAGCCUGCCGAUAUUUUUUAUUAGACUUACACAUGCAAGCAUCCACACACCAGUGAAAAUGCCCACUAAUCUAAAAGACUAAUGGAGCUGGUAUCAGGCACAACCUAUUUGCCAAUGACACCUUGCCAUGCCACACCCUCACGGGUUUACAGCAGUGAUUAGUAUUAAAUAUAAGCGAAAGCUUGAUUUAGUCAUAGUAAUCACAAAGAGCCGGUAAAUUUCGUGCCAGCCACCGCGGUUAUACGAAAGACCCAAAAUAACGGCCCCCGGCGUAAAGCGUGGUUAGAAGUACUAAAAUUAAGGAUAAACACCUUCCCCGCUGUAAAACGCUUAAGAAGACAAGAAGCACACUCCCUUAAAACCAUUUAACACCACGAAAGCUGGGGAACAAACUGGGAUUAGAUACCCCACUAUGCCCAGCCGUAAACUUAGAUAGAAAAAUACUACCUAUCCGCCAGAGAACUACAAGCAAAAUACUUAAAACUCAAAGGACUUGGCGGCAUUCCACAUCAACCUAGAGGAGCCCGUCCAAUAAUCGAUAAUACACGCUCAACCCCACCAUUUUUGGCCACUCCAGCCUAUAUACCGCCGUCGCCAGCUAACCUUGUGAAAGAAAAGUAGUAAGCACAAUAGCCCUCACUAAAACGUCAGGUCAAGGUGUAGCUCAUAAAAUGGAUGUGAUAGGCUACAUUUUCUACCAUAGAAAACACGGAAAAUACAAUGAAACCUUGUAAUGGAAGGCGAAUUUAGAAGUAAAAUAAGAAAGGAUCCCUAUUUUAACACUGCCCUGGAAUGCGCACACACCGCCCGUCACCCUCCUCGAAACAACUAGAUGAGGUAAGUCGUAACAUGGUAAGCGUACUGGAAAGUGCGCUUGGUCUACAAAGAGUAGCUUAAAACAAAGCACUCAACUUACAAUUGAGAAACGUUAUUUACCUAACCUCUUUGCGCCAUAGCUGAAGCCCAACAAAACCGCCAAAUAUACUAUAUUAUUAAAAUCAAACCAUUUGACUAAAAAAGUAUUUGAGAAAGAACUUUUAAGCUGGAGCGAAAUUACCGCAAGGGAAAACUGAAAGAAAAAUGAAACAACUAAAGCACAACAAAGCAAAGAUCAACCCUUGUACCUCUCGCAUCAUGAUUUAGCAAGCAACCCCAGACAAAGAGGCCUUAAGCCUGACGUCCCGAAACUGAGUGAGCUACUUCCGGGCAAUAAUAUGAAUCAACUCGUCUCUGUGGCAAAAGAGUGAGAUGACCUAGAAGUAGAGGUGAAAAGCCAAACGAACACAGUGAUAGCUGGUUGCCUCACAAAAAAAUUUAAGUUUAGCCUUAGACAUCAUCUAUCCUACACCAAGACAAAUCUAAGAACUAUUCAAUAAAGGUACAGCUUUAUUGAACCCGGAUACAACCGGACAAUGGAGAUUAUUAUUUUACAAAACUAGUAGGCCCUAAAGCAGCCACCAAGAAGAACCGCGUCAAAGCAAUAAACCAACCAAAUAUCAAAAAUAACAACCACCCAAAAAUAAAUGAGGCCACUCUAUAUUAAUAUAGAGAAACCAAUGCUAAAACUAGUAACAUGAAAACUUCUCUCAGCACGACCUUAAGUCAAACUAGAAAAUCUACCGACAAUUAACAGAAAACAUACUACACAUACUGUUCUAACCACUGUAGACCCAACACAGGAGUGCCAAAAAGAAAGAUUAAAUUCCCCAAAAGGAACUCGGCAAACGUAUUAUCCCAACUGUUUACCAAAAACAUAGCCUUUAGCCACAAAAAGUAUUAAAGGUCCAACCUGCCCAGUGAAAUUUUAAACGGCCGCGGUAUCCUAACCGUGCAAAGGUAGCGUAAUCACUUGUCCCCUAAAUAGGGACUAGUAUGAAUGGUUAAAUGAGGAUAAACCUGUCUCUUGCGGAAAAUCAGUGAAACUGAACUCCCAGUACAAAUGCUGGAAUUAACCCACAAGACGAGAAGACCCUGCGGAGCUUUUAAACCAACCUCAAAACUAAAUUUAAGGUGAGUUUUCAGUUGGGGCGACUUCGGAACAAAACUAAGCUUCCGAGCAAGAGAAAUACCUCUCGCAGUGGCUAACAAGCCAAAGCAUUAAUAAACUAUGACCCGGAUUUAAUCCGAUUAACGAACCAAGUUACCCCAGGGAUAACAGCGCUAUCUUCUUUAAGAGUCCAUAUCAACAAGAAGGCUUACGACCUCGAUGUUGGAUCAGGACACCCAAAUGGUGCAGCCGCUAUUAAUGGUUCGUUUGUUCAACGAUUAACAGUCCUACGUGAUCUGAGUUCAGACCGGAGAAAUCCAGGUCGGUUUCUAUCUAUGAGCCCUCUUAUUCAGUACGAAAGGAUAAAUAAGAAAGGACCAAAUUUAAACCAAGUCCUCCUAACUACAGCUGACGUCAACUCAACUAUACUGUAGGGCACUACUCUGGCCAAGACAAGGCCAUUUAUUAGGGUGGCAGAGCCAGGUUAACUGUAAAAGGCCUAAGCCCUUUUCCCCAGAUGUUCAAAUCAUCUCCCUAAUCAUGCACCAACUUAUAAUCUCAGCAAUUAACCCUUUACUAUACAUUAUUCCAAUUCUCCUAGCCGUAGCAUUCCUAACCUUACUAGAACGAAAAGUCAUCGGAUAUAUGCAACUACGAAAAGGCCCAAACAUUGUUGGACCCUACGGGCUCUUACAACCUAUCGCAGACGGACUAAAAUUAUUUAUUAAAGAACCUAUUCACCCAACACAAUCUUCCAAAACAUUAUUUAUCCUUGCCCCAACCCUGGCCCUUACACUAGCCAUAAUACUAUGAACCCCAAUACCAAUGCCCUACGCACUAGCAGAUAUAAACCUAGGACUCCUAUUUAUUUUAGCUCUAUCAAGCAUAACUGUCUACUCCAUCUUAUGAUCCGGAUGAGCCUCAAACUCAAAAUAUCCACUCAUAGGAGCCCUACGAGCAGUUGCCCAAACCAUUUCCUAUGAGGUUACACUAGGAGUAAUCAUACUAGCAACAAUCAUAAUUGCAGGAGGCUUCACCCUUCAAACACUAUCCACAACACAAGAACAAGUAUGACUUUUACUAUGUUCUUGACCACUAGCUAUAAUAUGAUUUACCUCAACACUGGCAGAGACAAACCGUGCUCCAUUUGACCUAACAGAGGGCGAAUCAGAACUAGUUUCCGGCUUCAACGUAGAAUAUGCAGCAGGCCCAUUCGCCCUAUUUUUUUUAGCCGAAUAUAUAAAUAUUAUUAUAAUAAACACACUAUCAUGCUUUUUAUUUAUUAACCCAGGACUCACUCAACCAGAGCUAUUUUCAACCAACAUCAUACUUAAAACAAUAGCCCUAUCUAUCCUAUUCUUAUGAACUCGAGCAUCAUACCCACGACUACGAUAUGACCAAUUAAUACACCUUCUAUGGAAAAACUUUCUCCCACUUACCCUAGCUCUAUGCCUACUACACAUCUCACUUCCAAUUUCCCUAUCAGGACUUCCCCCCCAGCACUAGGAGCUGUGCCUGAACUAAAGGACUACUUUGAUAGAGUAGAACAUAGGGACUACACCCCCUCAGCUCUUAAAAAAACAGGAAUUGAACCUGUACCUGAGAACCCAAAAUUCCCCGUACUUCCAUUAUACUGUUUCCUAGUAAAGUCAGCUAAAUAAGCUUUCGGGUCCAUACCCCGAAAAUGUCGGUUUAACCCCCUCCUUUACUAAUUAAUCCACUAAUCACAUUAUUUUUUCUAUCAAGCCUUGCCACAGGUACCAUCAUCACAAUAUCAAGCCAUCAUUGAUUAAUAGCCUGAAUAGGACUAGAAAUUAAUACACUCGCAAUCAUUCCAAUUAUAACAAAACCCCACCACCCACGAGCUACAGAAGCCGCAACCAAAUACUUCCUUACACAAGCAGCUGCCUCCGCAAUAAUCCUACUAUCAAGCUCUAUUAAUGCCUGACAUACGGGCCAAUGAGACAUCACACAACUAACAAACCAAAUAGCCUGUUCCCUAAUAACCGCGGCCCUAGCCAUAAAAUUAGGCCUUGCCCCCGUACACUUCUGACUUCCAGAAGUAAUACAAGGCACAACAAUAAAGACAGCAAUAAUUAUCACAACAUGAAUAAAACUAGCCCCCCUAUCCCUCCUACUACUAAUCCACAAUUCCCUAAACCACACAAUCAUAUUAACACUAGGCAUCCUCUCAAUCCUAAUUGGAGGCUGAGGAGGCUUAAAUCAAACCCAACUACGCAAAAUCAUAGGUUUCUCAUCAAUCUCCCAUCUAGGCUGAAUAACAAUAAUUAUCACCAUGUCACCAACCCUCACAAUACUAAAUCUAACAGUCUAUAUCAUUAUAACUUUAACAAUAUUUCUCCUACUAACCCUCUCCCAGACAAAAACAACACAAAAUAUAACGACCUGAACCACUCCACUUACACCAGCCCUAGCCACACUGACCCUUCUAUCACUAGGAGGGUUACCCCCACUAACAGGGUUCAUGCCGAAAUGGCUAAUCCUGCAAGAACUAAUUACCCAACAAACCACAGUCAUUGCAACCAUCGCAGCAAUUUCAUCACUCCUAAACCUAUUCUUUUACCUCCGAUUAUCUUACAUCACAACCCUUACCACAUCACCAAACACCACCCCUCUAUUAUCCAAAUGACGAUUUAAACUAACACCAAAAACAGCUACAAUAACUAUAUUUAUUAUUUCAACCCUCGCUCUCCCAAUAACCUUUACCAUAACCUAGAAACUUAGGAUAACGAUAAACCAAGAGCCUUCAAAGCCCUAAACAAGAGUAAAACUCUCUUAGUUUCUGAUCAAGAUCUGUAGAACUCUAUUCCACAUCUUCUGACUGCAACUCAAACACUUUAAUUAAGCUAAGACCUCACUAGAUAGACAGGCCUUUAUCCUGCAAACAAUUAAUUAACAACUAAUCACCCAAUCCAGCGGGCUUCUAUCUACCUUCUCCCGCUUUUAGAAACGGGAGAAGCCUCGGCAUCCUAAAGAUGCUUCUUCAAAUUUGCAAUUUGAUGUGGAUCACUCCGAAGCUACUUGAUAAGAGUAGGACAUCCCUACGUAAUCAGGACUACAGCCUGCCGCCUAAACUCGGCCAUCUUACCUGUGAUAAUAACCCGCUGAUUCUUCUCAACCAACCAUAAAGACAUUGGCACCCUAUAUCUUAUCUUCGGGGCCUGAGCGGGCAUAGUGGGAACCGCCCUAAGUCUCCUAAUUCGAACUGAGCUAAGCCAGCCUGGCAUAUUCAUUGGAGACGACCAAAUCUACAACGUAGUGGUCACCGCCCACGCAUUCGUAAUAAUUUUCUUUAUAGUAAUGCCUAUUAUGAUCGGCGGCUUCGGAAACUGACUAGUUCCACUAAUAAUUGGAGCCCCAGACAUGGCCUUCCCCCGAAUAAACAACAUAAGCUUCUGACUUCUUCCGCCAUCUCUCCUGCUAUUACUUGCCUCAUCCGGCGUGGAAUCUGGCGCAGGAACAGGAUGAACAGUUUAUCCGCCAUUGGCCGGAAACCUUGCUCACGCCGGAGCCUCUGUAGACCUUACAAUUUUUUCUCUCCACCUAGCAGGCGUAUCAUCAAUUCUAGGAGCAAUUAACUUUAUCACCACCUGUAUUAAUAUAAAACCACCAUCAAUAUCUCAAUACCAAACACCACUUUUCGUCUGAUCCGUCCUAAUCACAGCCGUCUUGCUCCUAUUAUCCCUGCCGGUACUGGCCGCUGGCAUUACAAUGCUACUAACAGACCGAAACCUUAACACAUCAUUCUUUGAUCCUGCAGGAGGAGGUGACCCAGUACUGUACCAACAUCUAUUCUGAUUCUUUGGACACCCAGAAGUGUAUAUUCUUAUUCUCCCAGGAUUUGGAAUAAUCUCACACAUCGUCACAUACUAUGCAGGCAAAAAGGAACCUUUCGGCUAUAUAGGCAUGGUCUGAGCCAUAAUAUCUAUCGGCUUCCUUGGAUUUAUCGUAUGAGCCCACCAUAUAUUUACCGUAGGCAUAGAUGUAGACACCCGUGCCUAUUUUACCUCCGCUACAAUAAUUAUUGCAAUCCCAACUGGUGUUAAAGUGUUUAGCUGACUAGCGACCCUCCAUGGAGGUAUAAUCAAAUGAGACGCUGCCAUACUUUGAGCCCUUGGAUUUAUUUUCCUAUUUACAGUAGGUGGCCUAACAGGAAUUGUCCUAGCAAACUCCUCUCUAGACAUUGUACUUCACGAUACUUACUAUGUAGUAGCCCACUUUCACUACGUCCUGUCUAUAGGAGCCGUGUUUGCGAUCAUAGGUGGUUUUAUCCAUUGAUUCCCACUAUUUUUUGGCUACACACUCAACAAAACUUGAACAAAAAUUCACUUCGUAAUAAUAUUUAUUGGAGUUAACCUAACAUUCUUCCCGCAACACUUCUUAGGGCUGGCCGGAAUGCCGCGACGAUACUCAGACUACCCAGAUGCCUACACAAUUUGAAAUACAGUAUCAUCAAUUGGCUCAAUAAUCUCAUUAGUUGCUGUAAUUACAAUAAUGUUCAUUAUUUGAGAGGCUUUUGCUGCAAAACGAACAGUAUCAACACUUGAACUAUCAACUACAAACAUAGAGUGACUUAAUGGGUGUCCUCCCCCAUACCACACUUUUGAAGAACCAACCUUCCUACAACAAAACCACACAUCCUCUAGACAAGAUAGGGCGGAAUCGAACCACCUUCUACUGGUUUCAAGCCAACAACAUAACCACUAUGCUUCUUUCUUCAUAA